UCGUCCUCCGAGAUCGUGAAAGUGUCCGAGUUUGAAGAGCUUGCGAAGCAGAAGCUGCCAAAGAUGGUAUACGAUUACUACUCCACUGGUGCCGAGGAUCUCUGGACCUUGAAACAGAAUCGCAGCGCCUUCGAGCGAAUCAGAGGAUGGCUCACCCGGAUGGUAACUGCUCCGAUUUUCCGUUGUAGCCACGCCUUCUUCCUUUACACCGACAUGCGUUUUCGAAUCGAAGCGUAUUCAAGUGAGAUCCUCGUUCUGUGCAAGAGAAUUGGCCACAAUCCGGGCCGCCUCAAAAGCCGGCACAAUUAUGGCACUUUCCUCUUUGGCGACCAGCUCCAUGGAGGAGGUGAGCUCAGUCGGUCCCAGCAUUCGCUUCUUUCAGCUCCACGUAAACAAGGACAGGAACGUCGUGGCCCAUCAGGUGCGCCGGGCUGAGAGGGCAGGCUUCAAGGCCAUUGUGCUUACAGUCGAUCCGCCUCGUACUGGACGUCGAGAAAAAAAACAACAGGAACAGGUUCGCCUUGCCGAAGCACCUGACCCUAGCCACCUUCCAGGAUGUGGACCUUGGAACGAUGGACAAGACCCAGGAUGUUGGAUUGGCUUCUUUUGUUGCCUGUCAAAUCGACAGGUCUCUUACCUGGAAGCUAGAAUUGCCAUCUGUAACGGAGCAGCAGGUAUCAUUGUGUCAAAUCACAGUGCCAGGCAGCUUGACUACGUCCCAGCAACAAUCUCAGCUCUUGAGGUUGUGCAAGUUGCAGCCGGCAGGUUUUCAGUGUUUCUGGACGGAGGCGUGCGCCGUGGUACUGAUGUGUUCAAGGCACUAGCUCUUGGCGCAUCUGGUGUCUUCAUGAGUAAUCCUAAUCCUAGCAAUCUCUCCGUAAUACUUGUGUUAACCAUAGAUAGGGAAUGAACCUUGCUCGGCAGUUUUCUUGCAGAAAUUCGAAAAUCUUUUUCAUCUCUUUUCUAAUCGACACAGUUUUCACUUGCGAAGAUUAGAAGACCUGUUCUCUUUGGGCUUGCUUGCGACGGGCAGCAGGGCGUGGAAAGGGUCUUGCAGCUGCGGAGGGAUGAAUUCGAGCUUGUCGUGACCUUGGCCGGCUGCACAAAACUGUCAGACAUCAACCGAUCUCAUAUCCAGACCGAAGCGGAGCGAUUCCGGGCGAAGCUGUGAAUUAGCAAAGCGAAUCCUCAUUUGCUAUCAAUGCUUGUAAAACUCUUUUUAUAGCGCAGACUUCAAACAAGUUGAGUAGUUGGCUAUAAAACAUCGAACUCUUCAAACAUUCAACAUUUAUUAAGCUGUGGUUCAACUGAAGAACUCCAUAAGGGAAUAUGUAAAAUAAAAAGUAAUCAAAGGUGGCGAGUUCACAUCUUACAACUUUGAUUACUACUGCGAAAUUGUGAGUAUUAUUUGGUUGCUGACAAA